AUGCGAUUCUCACUCCAGUCCCUCGCCAUUUGCCUCCUCUCGGCACAAGCACGCUUCGCUCUUGCGGGGCCAUGCAGACCCUUGACAACCACGUCGGUGGGUGCGACUACCACCACCGCUACCAGCAAGGAAGUUUCAACAACCGCUACUCUCAGUGAAGAGCCCACUACCACUAUUGAAGGAGAAACCAGCACCGUCGUAGUCAGCGAUGAAUCCACUACCACUACUGCACUCUCUGAAGAGUUGGCUACAACAACUGCCGCUGGCACCACAACUGCCGCUGGCACUACAACUGUCGCUGAGACUACAACUGCUGCUGGCACUACAACUAUCGCUGAGACUACAACCGCCGCUGCGUCUACAACUACCACAUCGCCUCCUGAGCCCUCUUUCUAUGCCCAAUAUAAUGAUGGCAGCGAAGUUGGUGUCUACCUGCAGAGUAGCCACUUUGUUGGUACCAACGAAGACGAGUCGGUCCAAGCAGAAUUUGCUCUCGACACGGACACUUCUCGACUUUACGUUUCGCUCUCCGACGGGUCCAAACUGUACGCCUACACUGUUAUCCCAACUGGUCAAAACUACGGUUUCCUUUUCGAUACGUACGAAAACAUAGACGCGUACCCCAGCACCUACCACUUCAUUACAUGCACGGCAGAUUCCGAACUUCUGCUCACCUGCUACUCUGAGGUUGGCCCGACUCAAAUCUAUUUUUACAAGCCAUCUAGCACCACCAACUUCUAUUCAAACAUGAACUCGGCCGUUGCAUCAUACCCUGGGAACACGGCUGCAAGCUUCAGACUGCCUCGCAGUUUGUAA